UAACCACGCAGUCGUGAAGGGGUGGUGAGCGGCGACGCGACCGAGGGCCACGGAUUUUUCUCGGACCUUCACGAAGACGCUGCGCCGACGAGCCAGAGCCGGUGCAAAGCCGCUAUGCCCUGCACGGUGGAGACGGGCUACAACCUAGGCCGGAAUGAAGUUCACCGGGGCCGGGGCGUGCCAGCAACCGACACACUACGUUGCUGAGCGGGUCGCAGUUGGGUGUUAAUUGUGUCCCUUCACGCGACACGGUGGUCACGAGUUAAGCGAAACCAGAAGCUUCCAGCUUAUAGCACCCUGUACCAAGUCUGUGGUUCAAACCCGAAGGAAACUGAAGGGACUGGCUGACACAAUGACGAAGACUGAGAGUGACCUAUUGGACCCGCCGUCGACGACGGCGUCUGACGACGACGAGAUCGAGUACCCGAGCGGUGGCCCGCUCAAAGUGAGCCUCCGGCAGCUCGCCGAGCAAGAGCUGCGCGAGACGCCAGCGCGCCGACAGAGGGACCUUCAGAUUCUCAGGGACAUGAUCAGAUGCGACCGGGACCUCGAGUGCCGCAUGGACGACGCAUUCCUCGUGCGGUUCUUGCGCUGCCGCAAGUUCGACUGCAGCCGGGCGCACAAGGUGCUACGACAGUACUACCGGCUGCGCCACAACAACACGCAGCUCUUCCGCGACUUCUACCCCACGUUCCUGAAGGCCACCUUCGAGCGGAACCUGCAGACGGUGCUGCCCGACCGCGACCCAAACGGAUGCGCUGUGUUCAUCUUCAAAGGCGGCCAGUGGGAUCCAUAUGUGUGCACUUCUGAGGACAUCUUUCGGGCCAACGUGCUCUGCUUAGAACAGGCUAUUAUGGACCCUGUGACACAGGUAACAGGGCUUGUGGCAAUCAUGGACAUGAAAGGCUUCGGCUUCACACACAUCCGUUUCUGUCCUCCAAGCAACCUGCAGAAGGUUGUCUCCCUCAUACAGGACUGCUUCCCAGCUAGGUUCAAAGCAAUCCACAUCAUCAAUGAACCAGCUGUAUUUGGAAUGCUGUUCAGCAUUGUCAGGAGAUUCCUGAACGAGAAGCUCCAGCAAAGGAUACACUUUCACGGAUGUGAUAAAGCAUCCCUGCACAAGUUUGUACCCCCCGAGAUAUUACCUGAAGAGUACGGAGGCUUCAAUGGCCCCAUGGAUAACUCUGCAUUUGUGGCCCGCAUGUACAGGAAUGACGAAGUCUUCAAAAAGGAUGCUGAAUAUGGCUUCAAGAUCCGGAUCAAGGGCUAACUUUCUCUGCCUGCUAGCCAAUGUCCUUGCCCUACAAUGUAGGAUGGCAUUGCUGCUUUUUAGUUAUGACAGUGCUUUUUAAGUGUGAUGACAGGUUGCCCAAGUAUUUAUUUGAUGUGUGUGAUGAGCUAGCUUCCUUUGUACAAAUCGGUUAGUGAAAUAAAUGUGACCCUCGGCAGCUGUGCAAACACUGAA